AUGACGGAGGCUCUGCGAGUUCUGGACGAGGCAAGUAGCGCGCAGCGGGAAACGUCGACGAUGAAGGGUGAUUUUCGUCGGAAGAUCAUCGUUGGAGUCGAGGUGGCUAAACAAGCUGUCCAAAUGUUAGCGGCGAAGGUGGCGAACUCGGCCAGGACUCAGGAGCCAGCGAGGACAUUGAAGGGACGAUGUCACCAGCUUGAGCAAGAAGUGGAAGCACUCAAGAUAGAAAUGGGGAUUAGGCGGGCGCAGACUGGUGGUCUUCUGGUGGAGAUCCCAGGAGAGGACGCUGAAGCGAAAGCGGAUUCCUUGGCAGAGAGACUCAACUCCCUUUUCAAGGAUCGAGAGGGAGUGAAAGUGGUUUGUCCGGUCAGGAGGACCGAGUUUCGUCUCCUCGAUCUGGACGAGUCGGUGACGGCCGAGGAGAUAAGGGCGGCUGUUGUGGCACGUGGAAAGGCGCUACCGAACGACGUUCGCGUUGGCUCACUGAGGCCCGGUAGGGGCGGCCUAAACAGUGCGUGGUUGCAGUGCCCUGAGACUUGCGCGGAUCUGUUGCAAAGAGACGGAGGACUUCGUGUGGGUUGGUCGCGAGUGCGAUUGAUACCGCUGGCCAAACGAAAGUUGCAGUGCUACCGUUGUUUCGCGGUCGGACAUACGAGAGCCAACUGCAGGAGCACUGUAGACAGAAGUAGCGGGUGCUUCAACUGCGGUGAGGAGGGGCCCACGGCCGUGCAUGUGACCGUGGCUGCUGGGUCGGGUGACAAGGACAGGGACGUGGUGCGUAACGAACAUGUAGAUCCGAGUGUUCCUGCGGCGGAAAGUGUUUCCCCUGUGGAGGAGGGGAUAUCGAUGGACACGUCCAAUGGCUAG